AUGUCUUCCGGUUUCGGCCGCGAACUCGCCAUCACGGCAGUGCUGAACCAUGACCGGGUGAUCACCGCGUCGCACGGCCCAUCCAAGCUAUCCGACCUGGAGCGUGACUUCGGCAUCAUCCCGCAACGACUGAAUAUCGCCAGCGCCGCGGAGAUCCAAUCCGCCGUGGACACCGUCGGUUCCAUUGACAUCUUCAUCGCCGCGCAGUUCGACACGAACGUCUUUCGCCCAGACGUGUGCCAUCCGCGCCGUCGCGGAAAUCAGGCGUCAUCGCGGACCUUGGCUCCUCAGCUCGGUGAUAGGGAACCUCGGCACGGGCUUCUAUUGUGCAGCCAAGGCGGCCGUAGCCAUGUGCCGAAGAGUUUGAAGGCGGAGUUGGCCCCGUUUGGCGUCGAUAUCGUGUGUACUGAGCCGGGGCAUUACAGCACCAACCUACUCACGGGUGGUCAUAUGGUCAUCGCCGGGACGAGGACUGAUGAGUUACGCGUGAGCACGCAGGUCAUGCACGAUGCCUUGGAGGCGUAUAGUUUGCGGCAGCCGGGGGAUCCGGUCAAGGGCACGCAGGUGAUCUUUUAG